UAACUCUUAAAAUUAGGUUCCAUCUUAUUUCCAGAUUGUGUGAAUUCUGACUCUUAUCCAUGAUGAAAGUUUUAAUCGCCUUGUUGGUUGUGGUGUUAGUGGAUGUGGUCGCGUCAUGGUGUACUUGUAACACUAUGAAAUGGGCCAGAUGUGAUGGAGAUACCUCAUGCCAGUGCACUCUUCAAUUUUCUAAUGUCUACAAGCAACCGACUGAUUGUGCAAAAUUGGUUCCCAAGUGCUUCAUCAUGAAGGCAGAGAUGUAUCGCGUCAGGAACAACUUGUCCACAAGAUUGAUUGGUGGGAAGCCGGUAGAAACUGCCUUUGUGGACAAUGACGGUAUCUAUGAUCCAGAGUGCGAGAAUGAUGGGAAGUUCAAGGCUGUCCAAUGUAACGGCACUGAAGUGUGCUGGUGCGUCAACAGUGCUGGUGUGCGCAGAAGUGACAAGGGAGACAAAAACAUCAAGUGUGAGCAUGCAGAGACCUAUUGGGUUCGUCUGGAACUGAAGCAUAAGGAUGUGACCGCUGCUCUCGAUGCAACCAAAUUGAAGAUUGGGAUUCAGAAUGCUCUACUGGAACGUUACGAGUUGGACAAGAAAUUUGUGUCGGAAGUAAAGUAUGACAAAGAUGGCCGUCUCAUUGUUGUGGAUGUCAAAAAGCCUAUGGAAGACCGUACUACAGACCUGGCCCUCACGACUUACUACAUGGAGAAGGAUGUCAAAGUUCUGCCUCUCUUUGUAAACCCCCAAAUAUUUGAAGUCAAUGUUGAGGAAUCAAAAGUGUACAUGGAGAACAUCCUGGUCUACUAUGUAGAUGAUAAGGCACCCACCUUCACCAUGCAGAGGCUGACUGCUGGCAUCAUUGCUUUCUUUGUGGUGGUCAGCUUGAUUGUGCUUAUAGGAGUUCUGGUCCUUUUCACAUGGCGAUGGAAGGCCAAUUACAGUAAAGCGCAGGCUAGAAAGAUGGACACCAUGUCUUAUUGUCUUAUAGCUAUGAAUGACGUCUCAUGUAAUUGAGUCUGACACUGGGAUGUGCCCCGUGAUGAAGCUUAGACCUGCGGUACAAUUGCUUGUGACAUUUUAACAUUAGAGAAAUUAAGUGUCUGUUACAUGCGGAGUAUAGUUUUUUUUUAAUGUUUCUGUUACAUUUUUGCUAUUUAAUUAGGUCUCAUUUUCAAUUGGAUCAAAAUUUUAACACUGUACAGUUUAGGACUAAUAAUUUUUUUUUUUUCUGUUAAGUUCUUAAAAUUCUGGCAUGGUAGUCUUACUAAAUCAAAAUCCUUUUAACUAGAGAGCUUUAUUGGUUUUGUUAAAUAAAAAGGACCAUCUUAGCACAAAACAACUUGUUUGGAAAUGCAUGAUUUGUCCUUUUCAGCCCAAGGCGAGCAGUUGAGCUGCACCUGUUCUGUACAAUAUUUUUAAAAAGGUGGAAACAGUAAUCAGAGAAAAGUGAAAUCACUUUUUACACCAAACUCAAUAUGAAACGGUACUUUUCUUAACCUGCCUUUUUAAGAUAGUUUGUAUUUACCUGUGUGGGAAAGAUUGUUCAUUUGUUUAACAUUUGUGUUUACGUAAGUCUGAAUGGAUUUGGAAACCUAUAUGAGAGAAACUUAGAGAUUGAAAUCUGUGUAUUUCAUGUAAUAUUUUACUUGACAGAUGUUACUUUGAAACAUGUGCUCUUUGUAAACUCAAUUUGUUUUUAUGACUGGCUUACAUGUACACCUUUUGAGGGAAAGAUACGUACUAUGGUUAUAAAGAAGCAGCAAUAAUGUGGGAU